GGCCUUGAGGUCAGUGCUCCAAGCUCAGGAGGGUUCUCCUAUGACGAUCUCAGCUUUACCGAUUCCUUAGAGCCAAUGACAUCCUUCCUUAACAAGGGCCUCCAGCAUUUGCUCCACUUGUACAAUGAUGCAUGUGGUACCGUCGCACUUCAUGAAGCCAGGAUCAAGCAGCUUGAAACUACUGUUGCCGACCAAGGUGCCAUUGCUGAAGCGAAGAGUCGGCACUAUGAGGAUAAGCUGAAAAAGGUCACUCAGGAUGCCGAGCUCAAAUUGGCCACCAUGCAAAUGGAUCAUGAUCAGGCCAUGAUCAAUUUCCGGGAAGGAAUCAAGACUUCUGCUAUUGUCUCCCUGUUACAAGCACGCAUCAAGAUGGCUUAUGAGGCCAAGGAGACAGGUCUUGUUUGUCCAUCCUGGCCAAUUGAAUCCUGGGUGGCCAAGUUGAAGGAGCUUGGAGGCAAAGCUGUGCCACUCCCAUCUGAAGCCGGUGAAUCUUCCAAGUCAGCGGAGGUGGCAGAUCAGGCUGGAGACAAGAAGGAUGCCGGAGCGGAUGCUUGUGAGGAUGCUGGACAGGAUGCUGGUGAGGAUGCUGAACAUAUUAUAAAUGUAUCCCGGUAA